GCCGCGGUUGCUAGGCUGCAGGUUGCUAGGCAGCGGCGUCGCGUCUCACUUGGGCCUUGCCCGACUCCAAGGCAUGGGGGACUCGGAGGGCGAGGUUUUGCGGGGGACCUUCCCCAGCCUCAUGGCGGAAGGGACGAUGCUGAGCCGGCGCGGGGAGCUUGCCAAGGCGCUGACUUGCUACACCUACGCCCUGCAACUCCAGCCAGGUGACCGGAACUGCCUUGUUUCCCGUUCAAAAUGCUACCUAAGACUUGGAGAUACAGAAAAUGCCUUGAAGGAUGCGGAAGCCUCCCUGGCAGCUGACAAAGGGUUUACCAAGGGUCUAUACCAGAAAGCAGAAGCAUUGUACACUAUGGGAGAUUUUGAAUUUGCCUUGGUCUUUUACCAUCGAGGCCACAAGAUCCGCCCAGAGUUGCCACAAUUCAGGCUGGGCAUUCAAAAAUGCCAGGAGGCAAUUGAAAAUUCUGUUGGAAGCCCUUCUUCUGUGAAACUGGAGAACAGACCAGACCUCUUCUUUCUGAGUCGCCAGGCAGAGAGUAAAAGAGCAAAACAGAAGCUUCAGGUCAAAUUUCCUAAGAAGGAUGCAAAGUACCUAGGCAGACAGGAGCCUGUGAGGAAUGAGAAAACCGAACGGCAGCUGCUGGGGGAGCUCUACGUUGACAAGGCUUUUCUGGAGAAAUUGCUCAAGGAUGAAGACUUGACCAGAAGCACCACAAAGCAAGGGGUGACUGUUGGACGCCUGAUCCAGGAAGGGCUUUCCUACCUCGAUACCCGCACAGAUUUCUGGCAGCAGCAGAAACCUAUCUACGCCAGGAUCAGAGACCGCAAGCUCAUGCUUAAGAGAUGGACCAGAGAUCAAAAGCGGAAGCCAUCCGAGGUGGCCAGAUACAUCUUAAAGAGCAUGGAGGACAUUGAUAUGUUGUUGACUAGCGGCAGCCCCGAAAGAAGCUGCCAGAAAGCUGAGCAAGUGCUGAAAAAGAUCCAAGGCUGGUCUGACGAAGAGAUCCCCAACAGGAGCGAACUGGUUGGAAACCUCUACAGCUGCAUUGGGAAUGCCCAGAUUGAGAUGGGGAACAUGGCAGCAGCUUUGCAGAGCCACCAGGUGGAUCUGGACAUUGCGAAAGAAAACAACCUGACCGAUGCCAUCUCCAGAGCCCUUGACAAUAUUGGCAGAGUGCAUGCCCGCAUGGGCAACUUCCAGAACGCCAUUGACACCUGGGAAGAAAAGAUUCCACUUGUGAAGAGCAACCUGGAGAAGACUUGGCUGUUCCAUGAAAUGGGCAGAUGCUACCUUGAGCUCAACAAAGCGGCGGAGGCUCGGGACUAUGGCGAAAGGUCCUUGCAGUGUGCAGAGGAAGAAGGAGACAUUGAGUGGCAGCUCAACGGCGGUGUAUUGGUGGCACAAGCACAAGUGAAACUGGAAGAUUUCCAGUCAGCAGUCACCUACUUUGAGAAGGCUCUGGAGCAGGCGAAACGUAUCCAUAACGUUGCUGCUAUGCAGGCGAUCAUUAUUGCACUGGAUGAAGCCAACAAAGGAUUCAUCAAAGAAUUGAAAGAAGAACAGAGGCUUGAAAGGAUGCGCGAGUUGAAAGAAUUAGAAGAUGAGGAGGAAGAGGAGGAGGAGGAGGAGGAAGAAGAAGAACAACAACAAGAGGAGAAGAAGAAGGAGGAAGAUGUUGGGGAUGCAGAUACAGGAGAGCGUACAUCAAAAAAACAAGAAGAGGAAAAGGCUGGGGAAAUUGAAACUGAAAAAGAGAAACAGAACAAAGGCUUCGGCCGGAAGAGCCACACGUUCCUGCCCAAGAUAUUUAGGAAAAUGUCUUCCCAGCCCAAGGAACGCCCCGAGAGCUUGCAGUUCCCUUUCCUGGACGACAACGACACCAUCGCCACCAUCCGGGAGUCGAAGACGCUGUUCAUUCUGCGGGGCCUGCCUGGCAGCGGGAAGUCCACUUUGGCGCAGGCCAUCCACGACAAGUACAAAGAUGCUUGCAAGGUCAUCUCCGCUGACAGCUACAAAAUCCAGCCUGCCGUCAGGAGCGCCAUUCCCGACGACUAUGGCAAGGUCGACGAGGACCUAGGUGACUACUGCAAGCGUGACAUCAGCGUGCUGGUGGUAGACGACACCCACCAUGAGAGGGAGCGCCUGGAUCAGAUCUUCGACAUUGCCGACACAUUCCGCUACCAGGUCAUCAUCGUGGAGCCCAAGACGACGUGGAAAAUGGAUUGCUUGCAGCUGAAGGAUAAGAACCAGUGGAAACUCUCGGCGGAUGAGCUCAAGAAGCUGAAGCCCAGUUUGGAAAAGGAUUUCCUUCCCUUGUAUUAUGGGUGGUUUUUGAGCAAAAGGAGCUCGGAGAACCUGCGGAAGACCGGGCAGGCGUUUUUGGACGAGCUUGCCAGUAUCAAAGUCUUCAGAAAGGAGGCUAAGCACUUUGGACAACCCAGCGAAGACCCCAAAGCAAAAAUUGACUUGACUGGCUACUUUGUGAGAAGGCCACCAGGGGUCUUGCACUGUACAACGAAGUUCACCGACUACGGGAAGGCUCCGGGAUCAGAUGACUACGCACAGCAGGAGGCUGUUAAGUCAUCUUAUGGAAAAGCCUUCUUCCUGACCAUCUCUGCUCUCUUCAUCACACCAAGAACGGCUGGUGCCCGCGUGGAACUGAGUGACCAGCAGAUGCUUCUGUGGCCUGGUGACGUGGACGUGCUUCAGCCAGCCGUCAGCCUCCCGAAAGGCAGUCGGGCCCACAUCACCCUGGGCUGUGCUAGUGGGGUAGAAGCCGUCCAAACCGGCAUUGACCUCCUCGAGUUUGUUAAGCUGGAAAAGGCAGGGAACAAAGGCGAGGAAAUUGGGGAAAUUGGGGGCGGGAGACUUUUGUCCUACGGGAAUGGCCUGUGGAUGCUCCAGCUUUCUAAAAAGAUUGAGGUGAGGUGUGUCUUUUCUGGGUACUACGGAAAGGGGAAACUGGUGCCAACUCAAAGUGGGAGUAAACGGGGAUCCCCUUUUAAUGCCUGCAUCAUCAUCUAAGGGCCCUUUUUGCUACUGCAGCCUUACGGUUUGCAGCAAUGUGCAACCUUUUUUUAUAAACAACUCCCCAAGCCACACACAUCCAACUAAAGCCAACUCUUUUUAAAUUCUAGCUUAGCUGGUCUCUUCAGAGAAAUUUCUUCUCCUUCAGGGAAAAACACUACCAGAGGCCGGUAAUGGAAAAUUAGCACCUUUGUUAAAUGUGUGAAUUAAGAUUAAUGCAACAGGAUUUGUGGUGUUUUUUUUAAAGUAUUAGUUUUGUUUUGUUUUAAAGGUAGAGAAACAUCCUUUAAGCAUGGCCACUGCUUGUAAAUCCACUAGGCCUUGUGCUGUUAGGUCUCUCGCAGAAUGAAGUGGUAGAAUGGGUUAUAUCAUGUCAGACUGCAAAUGUUUGUGUGAGAAGUUAUGUUUUUUCUCAACGGUCUCUGCAAGUAGAAAGCCAGCAGAGCAAGGAAAUGGUGAGGCGAGAACCACGCUGGUUUUUUACUUGCAGGGGACAUAUUUACAGAGGGGUGUUUUCAAAAUAAUAUUUAUUUAAUAAAAAUAUUUAUUUGUACCACGCCCAUCGGACUGGGUUGCCCCAGCCACUCUGGGUAGCUGAUGUGAUUCACCUGUAGUAUGAAGUGGUACAAUCCAUUCUCACCCCUCACGUUCUGCUGAGUAGGUAGGCCCAAUCUGGCUGGCUUGGGAUCUCACACUGCUCCCCCAGAAUCCUGUGAAAUAUAGAUCGAAAGGAAUAAAGGAAAAGUUCCGUGCACUGGCCUUGGAUUUGCUGGACUCAGAUCUCAGCUUAGUUACAGUAGUUUAAUAGCAUCUCUCUUCAGUUACUUCAUUUCUGAAAGGGUUUCAAAAGCUAGAACUGGAUCAGCAGUUAAUCCUGCUACAAGGACCAACAGGGUUCUUGUGAAGUCAAGAGCGUCCAUAAAUCCUAACAUGAAGUGUAUUUAAUCAAGGACUUAUAUGGCAGUUUGUGUACAGCAAAUGACCCCCCCCCUUCCAAUUUUUUGUUUUAAAAAGUUGGUCAAGAACCAGUGGUGGAUCCUGUGUCUUUCUGCUAGCAUGUGAACACAGGCGAGUGCUAGACAGAUAUUUAUAUGGCACAGUCUGGUGCAUCUUUACACAGCCGUCCCAUGGAGUUUAAUGUGAUUUAUUCCAGGCAAGUUCGCCUGGCGCCUUCAUUAUACACCUUUAGGUGCCAGGCAAAAACGUUCCUUUUUAACCAGGCCUUUGGUUGACCUGAUGGACACCCCAUGCCCUUUUAAAAUGUGGCUCUUUUUGGGGGCGGUACUAUUGGGUUAUUUUGAUUUUAUAUAUUGUAAUCUUUUCAGCAAACCACCCCGAGACCUCCGGGUAUAGGGUGGUAUAUAAAUUCAAUAAAGAAUAAUGAAAAGAAUAAAAUUAUUCUCAGAUAAGUAUGUAGAGCCCCAGCCAGCAUGACCAAUGGUCGGCGGUGGAUAGGAAUUGGAAUCCAACAACACAACGACCACAGAUUCCCCAUCUCUCUCCUCUGGAUACAUCAGAUUCUGAAUAAAGGUACUGCUUAGUUUUUAUACCUGCCUUUUAUGCAUACUAGUGUGCAGGUCGUCAGUUAAAACGUAGAUGUAUGAGACAAGUGCAGCAUUUUUUUUUACAUCUCAGCUGGAUCAUGGUUACGACUCUUGACAGUGGCCUAUUUUAGAUAUAAAGGAAAUAAAACUCCCAGCCACUCUUAUUGCAAGAAUUUAUUUAUUUUUAAUUUUGUGAAUAGGACUGCUGCUCACUUACUGAAUAUUUCAGUUUCCUAUUAAAUAUCCUCCUCUCGCCUUGCAACUUUGACAUGUCCUGUUGAACGCAUUGUUUACCUGACUGCAUUCCAGCAGUAGUUAUGUAAGACAUUUGAGCACGCUGCGUUUUUAAAUCAAGUACAGUGGUACCUCGGUUUAAGAACAGUCCUGUCUUUGAACGCUUUCGGUUUACGAACUCCGCAAAACUUAGUUUUCAAACCUUUACCGCGGACUAAGAACGGAAUCUGAACAGUGGAAGGGCACCGGAGGCGGGAGGCCUCAUUAGGGAAAGCGUGCCUCGGUUUAAGAACGCUUUCGGUUUAAGAAUGGGACUUCCGGAACGGAUUAAGUUCAUAAGCUGAGGUACCACUGUACAUGCAGAAAUCUGUAGUGUGUGCUUUUACUUUCUGUUUGAAGUUGUACAAAGCACAGGAUCUAAAGUACCUCCCACUCCAGAGUUGGCUCAUUUAUGCUACUAGAAGACCAGAGUCUUCCCCCAUCCCUCCAUGCUUAUUCUUGUAUAACCUCACUGAAUAAUGACCCUCACUUGGGGCAAAGAAGAGGGAAGAGCAGCUCUGAGCUAAACUGUGGGAACAGCUUGGAAGUUAAACACACCUACUGCUUUGUUUAUGUGAAUGAUCCUAAGAGUAAUAUGAGCAAGUGCCUAGCACGGGAUUGAACUUGAAACAGAAGGUUUAAACGUGCUCCAAACCAGGCAUAGGCAAACUCGGCCUUCCAGAUGUUUUGGGACUACAACUCCCAUCAUCCCUAGCUAGCAGGACCAGUGGCAAGGGAUGAUGGGAAUUGUAGCCCCAAAACAUCUGGAGGGCGGAGUUUGCCUAUGCCUGCUCUGAACACACAAAGCCAAAAUUGGCAUCAAAUAUAUUAAAGCAAGAUGGGUCUUUUCGGUUUGUACAUCAAAGUCUAAUUCACUUGAAUGUUUAGUUACAGAAGGGGGUGGGGAAUUGGUUAUGCUAACUGUCGCUCAGGAAACAUCUAUCACAUCAUCAUAACUUGUAUUUGUGUAUAAUACCUGUGCCAGAUUAAGAUUUCACAUACUGGUUAUCUAAUGGUCAAGUUUCUGUUAAUAUGUCUGUCUAGAAUACAGUCAAAUUCUUAUUUUUACUUAUGAGGAAAGUAGUACAUCUUUGUGGUUCUGACUGGUGUAACUUUUUAUUUCUUUUAAAAAAUACCUUUUUAACUCUGAUCCAGGGCCAAAUAGGAGCUUAAGACUCAUAGCAACUGUAAAAUAUACUUAAAUAAAUCUGUUAUUAAUAUACAGAAA